GAAAGGGCAAGGAGGGGGACCAUUUGCAACAAAACAGGAGAGGAAAAAUAAACAGGCAGAAAAAACGGAAUGGCAUCAAAAAGCAACAUCCAGUGUGAAAUCAGGCAUUACAAACCAGAAGAUGAAGACGCUGUUGUCUCCCUCUUUCGCUACGGCAUCAUGGAGCACAUCUAUCCGGCGUUUUUCAAGGCCAUGAGCAACCCCGACCACAUGGGGGUGACGUUGAGCAUCUCCAUGGCGGGAUAUGUGCUGGGGGGGAGCUCGUACUUCAUGGCUCUGCUGGCGGGCGGGGCGUGGGCGGGGCUCGUGUACUACUGCUGCUACGAGAUCUACGACGGCUACCUGAGGGAGCGUCUGCGCACGGACAUGGGCGACAUCCAGGGCCACUUCCUGGACAGGCCGGACAGCUGCUUCUGGGUGGCCGAAGCUGUGGUCUGGGGCAGGCCCAAGGUGGUGGGGAUGGUGGCAGUGGUGGGCAGGAGGCAGGAGAAAGAGAGGGGCGACAGCGCCAACGGCGGAUUCGACGGCGGGGACGGGAGCUACGCCGAGCUGAAUUGGGCCAUCGUGUCGUUCCCGCGGCGGCGCCAGGGCCUGGGCACGCGGCUGGUUCAGACCGCCCUGGAUUUCUGCCAGGAGCGCGGCCUCGACAGCGUGGUUUUGGAGACCAGCUCGGCGCAGACUGCCGCUCUGGUCCUCUACCGCAAGCUGGGCUUCGAGCACACGUUCACCCACACCAACACGCACGUGCACCGCUGGGUCACCAAGCUGGCCAGAGUCAGUGUGCUGAGGAUGGAGAUGGUGCUCUGACACCCCUGUUUCCUGCCAAACACACUCCAGUGCGCCGCAAAUGCCAGUACUCUAUGCUCUUUGCCUAAUGUGGUGUUCUUAGCCAAACACAUUAGAGUUCCUCUGUUCAAUCUCUCCCAGGAGCGGGGAAAAAGUUAAUGUAUGUCCCAGAAAACAACAACAAAAAAACUAAACUACUAUCAAAACUUUUAUUAUAGUAAAACAAAAAUUAUAUAUUAUAUUUGCUUAUCCCUGAUCUGUUCAUAACUGACAGGCUCCUCAACAACAUUAUGGAAUCGUGUGCUUCUUAAAGUCAACGACACAGGAAGUUCUGUAUUCCUGCAGGACUUUAGUGCAUUGAAAUGCCAGUUUAAGUUUCUUGUGCUUCAAAUGUAGAUAAGUAACGCAUGUUUCAGGUAACGCUGAAGUGUAUGCAUGCAAGGAUGUACAUUUCAGUUUAUGUGUUACUUAAUUACAUCCACAUGUUAGUUUUCUCACAUCAGUCCUCAGGUUUGUUACUUGUGCAUGCAAGCCUUAAAACACCAAAAAAUAACCUGUUUCAGUUUUGCCUUUUUCCUCCAGAUUAUUUUCUUUCAUCUGGGUUAAGUGUUCUACUAAUGUUUUCCAUUUGCACAACAAAAAUAAAAGAACACAUAUGAAAUUGUGGAUUACCCUCUUGCCCAUUGACUAACAAGGAAAAAUAACCACAAUGAGAAAUUAUGUUUGGCUCCUGCCCAGGCUAAAGCUGAUUCUAUUAUUCUAAAAGGAAUUACAGCCAGCUGACUGACUCAAGCAAGAGCUAAACUUCUUCAUGCUUAAAAUGCCGAUUUGAAGACGUGGAAACAUGGGAAAGGCGUUGGUUUUAAAAUUCCUUUGGAGGGAAAACAGAGAAAUGUGUGUUUCUGGGGUGAAGCUGAAUAGAAGCUCCACUGUUCAACAGUUAACUUGGCCCUAAGUGUAUUUGUGUUGUACAUAAUGAAGGUAAUCCUAAUGCACAACAGCUUCAUGAAUAAUCUAAGCCUAUUGUGGGGGUAUUUUACAAAAUCUCACGGCAGGAAUCCACCACUUUGAAGCCAUGCUGGGCUUGUGAAACCUUGCUGUACAAUUUGUAGAAUUUGAUAAAUUGAUCCACUUAUUGGCUGAAUCAUUUACAUUGAGCUUAUAUAGGCUUACACUUUUUGUGAAAAUAUCACAUUUAGCAAGCGACUGGACACAUUUAGCAUAGGCAGGACAUGCUUAUUACUACCCGAUGAAUCAGUUGCAACCCAUUGAAUAACCCAGUAAAAUUUAAUUUAAUAGGCCAGAAACUCUUACUUCCACUUCAUUUUGCCAAUACUGCAAGAGAAGCAGUUUAUUUUUAAACUCUAGCUAACAAAUAAAUGUAAGGGUUAAGUUUUUUUAUUCUUCACAAACACAGUUUGGUAAGCUAAUUCUGAUGAUUGCUAAAUUUGUUGAGGGCAAUUGCUGGUUGAGUCCAGGCCUUUACCUACAUUCAAGUGUCUUUGAUUGAAGUGUCCCUGCAGCAACUCAACUUCACACUGCCAGCACACACGGUUCUGAUUCACAGUAUUAAAGUUAAUAUACAGCAGACGAAAGCAUGGCCUUUCUCUUCUCUUCCCAGAUUAAAUGUACGGUCAAGUUUUAAUUUCUAUUUUGUCAUCAUUUAUUUAUUUGGGAAUAGCUCUGUUCACAGGUGAUUCAGAGAGCAUAGCCAAAUGCUAAUGCAUUAACAGGCUCAGUAGUCCACCAGUGACUACGUCUAGUAACAGAACAGAUUCAAACUAACCCUAUUAUACACAAAACAUGUUUCCCAUAUAUUAUGGACAUCUAACAUAUUUAUGAUCAUGAUCAAUACAUUAUAUUGUCAUUUUUUGUGAACAAAGAAGGCUGUUCUGAUGCUAUUCAGUAUUCAGCAACACAUACCAAUGCAAUGCAUGCUGAGGUGUAUACAGAAAAAAGAAAAAGAAACUAUAAAUGUAUACGCUAUGACACUCUGUGAGAGCUGCCAAACACCUCUGCAAUGAUAAGAAAGAAGAUUGCUCUGUGUAAACUGCAUUACGCACAUGUCAAGAAACUUCGUCAUUUCACAGAAAUGAGAGCAGUCUUGAAAAUUUCAGUGAAGUUUCAAAGAAAAUGUCUCAUCACAGUUACAGUAGCUGCAUUAGAAACAGAUGUAGGCAGUUUUGCUGUCCCACUGAGUUGCAUUCUAUGUAAUUACAUUAGAGAUAAUUGCUUGCACACAAUAUCUGGUGACUUCAAUCUAAAAUAAUAUUUUGUUUGAUCAUUUUUCAUACAGAUGCAAAUACCUCAGACAUGGGGCUAAAAAUGCACCUUUGAGCAAGUUACUAUUCAAAAGCAGAGCAGAAUACUGCUGAGAACUAACUAAUGGGAUGGUGAAAUGGACUAUAUUUCACAUUGACCUAGUUUAUAUGCAAUUUAAUUAUCACAUUCCUAAACCAUUAUCAACAUAACAGAGUCUAAUAUCCAAAUGUAAUUAUAACUUUAUUUUUCUUUGCUUGGGGGCUAACUUAUUAGACCAUUUGCGUAUGCAAGAGUGGAGUAUUGUUUUCCAUAACAAAUGAACACAUCCGAUUUUAAUUUAAUUUACAUUUUGCGCUUUUGUGCUGUUAAUUAUAGAUGAGUUAUGCAGUGUGCUUUGUUCACUAUGCAAUCCUCACCCUCAGGUUUACGACAUUUUAUUCUGUUGAACGAGCACCGACCCCAUGUUUGCAACUUACAUCGCUCAUGAAUGAAUCCACUUUAAUGAGGAAACAGUUACUGCCAGAGCACCUGUACAUGCAGACUCUCAACAAAAUUUACUCACACAAGACCAAUCCCAGUGAAAAUCUAUUCUGAGAGGGGGAGCCGCUAAGAUUCGCUGGUUAAAAGGCAGAGCUUUGGAAUCAGAACAGCAUUCAAGCUGAGUCUGAAUUAUGUAUGAAACAGUAUAACUCCAUUAAUGCCAUGUAUAUUUCUAUCAUACAUUUUGUAUCAUGUAAUUGUAUGAAAGAUUUAUUUCAUAUAUGAUUGUGACCCCUUUCCUACAUGUGAGCAUAUAUGAAAUCAAUCAAAAACAGGACCUGUUUCUGGUAUGUUCUGAUAUAUGAAACACAUAUUUUGCAGUUUGUUAGAACACAACCCCACAGCUAUGAAACAUUACUUUAAAAUAUAAAGUAUAGAAACAGACCAUGCUGUAAAAAUAAGAAAUAAAAAUAAUAAAAAAAACUUUUGCAAGAAAUAUCCAAUCACAAUCCAAGAUGGAAGUGCAACCAGGCUAAACUGCAAGCCCCGCCCCUUUAAUAACCAGCCAUUCACAGCAGCUCUUACCCUUAGGGAAGCUCUGAGGUCAAUUUUCUGUGUAAUAAAUUGAAUUGAGCACUGAGGACAUUAUAUGGAACAGUCACAGCAGCAGUAGCAGUGUGGGGUGCCAAGUGUAAAUUGUAAACACAGGUCUUCACAAGUUUCAAAACUGAUUUUUGUCUUGGCUUCAGAAAGUAAUAAUAAAAAAAAAAAAGUAUCUUCUUUGUGUUGGACCCA